AUGAGCUCGAAAAACGCCAAGCGGCAAUGGGACCAGACGAUGGCGUCGAGCGGCCUUGCGCUGCCGACGGCGCCCCGGAAGCGCAACUCGGGGCGUGCGGUCAAGAUCAGCAAGGCCAUGAAGCAUGUCGACGAGGAGACGCGCAAGCAGGUCCGGAAUGCCCGCUUGGACGCGCUCGAGGCCGACAACUACGUCGAACCCACCGAGGACGGUGACGACGAAGACCUGUACAUCGAAGACGACGCUGUGGGCCCCAAGAAGUCGUCGAAAUCGAGGGCUAAAGGCAAGGCCAAGGCGCCGGUCGUGCCCAUCUCGAGCUCGGGUCGGCGGCGCGUCGUGCGCAAGGUCAAGAGCCUCGCCCAGCUCGUCUUUGAAGAGUGCGGGACCGGCGAAGGCCUCGGCCCCAACUACGUCACCGCCGCGGUCAAGCCGGCCACGACGCCGCCCCGCAAGUUUUGCGUUGUAUGCGGAUAUCCUUUUGACCGCACGCUUUUCUCCAACUACGCGUGCGGACGGUGCGGCUCUCGAUUUUGCAGCGUCAAGUGCGGCGACCAGCACCGAGAGACGGGCUGCUUGAAGUUUAGCAUGUAG